AUGGCGACUGUCAUUCACAACCCCCUGAAAGCGCUUGGGGACCAAUUCUACAAGGAAGCCAUUGAACACUGUCGGAGUUAUAACUCCCGGCUGUGUGCAGAGCGCAGCGUGCGUCUCCCUUUCCUGGACUCGCAGACCGGGGUGGCCCAGAACAACUGCUACAUCUGGAUGGAGAAGAGGCACCGAGGCCCAGGCCUCGCCCCGGGCCAGCUGUACACAUAUCCUGCCCGCUGCUGGCGUAAGAAGAGACGAUUGCACCCGCCUGAGGAUCCAAAGCUGCGGCUGCUGGAAAUAAAACCUGAAGUGGAGCUGCCCCUGAAGAAGGAUGGGUUCACCUCAGAAAGCACCACCCUGGAAGCCUUGCUCCGCGGUGAAGGGGUUGAGAAGAAGGUGGAUGCCAGAGAAGAGGAAAGCAUCCAGGAAAUACAGAGGGUUUUGGAAAAUGAUGAAAAUGUAGAGGAAGGAAAUGAAGAAGAGGAUCUAGAAGAGGAUAUUCCCAAGCGAAAGAAUAGGACCAGAGGACGGGCCCGUGGCUCGGCCGGUGGCAGGAGGAGGCACGACGCGGCCUCUCAGGAAGACCACGACAAACCUUACGUCUGUGACAUCUGCGGCAAGCGCUACAAGAACCGGCCGGGACUCAGCUACCACUACGCUCACACUCACCUGGCCAGCGAGGAGGGGGAUGAAGCCCAAGACCAGGAGACCCGGUCCCCACCCAACCACAGAAACGAGAACCACAGACCCCAGAAAGGCCCGGAUGGGACAGUCAUUCCUAAUAACUACUGUGACUUCUGCUUGGGGGGCUCGAACAUGAACAAGAAGAGUGGGCGGCCUGAAGAGCUGGUGUCCUGUGCAGACUGUGGACGCUCUGGUCACCCAACCUGCCUGCAGUUCACCCUGAACAUGACCGAGGCCGUCAAGACCUACAAGUGGCAGUGCAUAGAGUGCAAAUCCUGCAUCCUCUGUGGGACCUCGGAGAAUGACGACCAACUACUCUUCUGUGAUGACUGUGACCGUGGCUAUCACAUGUACUGUUUAAAUCCGCCGGUGGCUGAGCCCCCAGAAGGAAGCUGGAGCUGCCACUUAUGCUGGGAACUGCUCAAAGAAAAGGCCUCGGCCUUUGGCUGCCAAGCCUAGGGUCCCAGGUCACAGAUGUGACUUGCUGCUGGAGAGGCUGAAUCAGAGCCCAGUUCAAACCAGAUCGAGCCCCUACUCCCAUAUUUCCAAACAGACCAACUGUAGGGAAAAUCAGCAAUGAUGGAGGGCAUGGACAUGUGAAACCAAGAGGGUGAGGUAUCUACUUACCUCGCCCACACAGGUUCGGUACUUCAGCCAGCCCUUUCUUGUUUCUACCAGAAGGAUCUUGAACUUUUGAAGAACAACCUGAGCCCCAGCCCUGUGGAACCCCUCUCACAAUAGCACUGUGGCUCUCUCACUGCUUCCCAUUUUAAGGGAAGCCAUUUUGUGACCACACAUCCGUCAUUCAUGUGUAGUUUGGUGUUUUCUAUCUAUUGUGUCCCAAGAAAUCUUCGCACAGCCUCCCUGCCCCCAGCUUAGGCUCUUCUUCCUGAACUCAGCAGAGGAACAAAGGGCUGUGGAGAAGUUGUUGUUUAUUACAAGCCUCCUUGGAAACUUCUAGACUCACAACCUGGAAGCCAUCUUGAUGACGGAGCCCUGAAAUCCCUCCCUGUUCCUUGGUCUCUGUGAAGAGGAAGAGCCGCUUUCUGGAUCCCCCAGCAGAUAUCCAGAGGUGUCCACAGCCAGGGUGGUCCCUUGAUGGGGCUGGGAAGGGAAGUGGAGGCACUGAGGGGUGGGAGGAAACAUGACAAAGAUAAUUCUGAAGCCCCGCCAUAGCUGGUCAGUAUUUGUUAUCCAUCCGGAGUGGCUUUGCAAGGAAACAGGCUGUGUGGUUCCUUGACCUUUGGAUCUGGGGCAUCCGUGAAGUGGGGCAUCCGAAGCCUAUGGCAGAAGAAGAUGCUAACACUCUGCCUUCCAACCAGCCUGGGUCUGGAGCACUCCCUGGUGGGACUCGAGAGCCAGGGAGGUGAGUGAAGGCUGCCCAGUCAAGAAACUGAAUGUUGGUUCACAAGACUGCAGCUUCGAGAAGCCCUUCACUAUUGAUGUGAUGCUAUGAAUUCCUUGUCCCCGAAAUUUCUUCCUUCCAUAUAGUGUAUGUUUGCCAUUGCCAACUGUGACCUGACUCUGGAAAUUUUAGGAUGGGGGAGAGGUGACUGUUCCCUAAAUAAAUAAUUGGGGCGAUGUGAUUAUUUAUGAUUGGCAUGGCCGUGAUGCAGAACCCUCAGCUGGAGGGCUACUCUCCUUUCCUAAGCUCCCCAGCAUGCGCAAGACUCUUGUUUUGAAAAAAUGUUUCAAGAAGAAAGAGGUGGGGAGGCUCAGAUUCCCAGAAGUCUGUGUUGGAAGUCAGCCCCGCGAGCUGGAGCGGACUGGGCUGACUUUGAAUCUCUGCAGCAGUGGCAACAGCAGCAGCACACAAUAACUGACACGUUUCUGGAAAAAUCAUUUGCCCAAAGGGCAGGUCUCGGGGAGCGGGACCCUCGCGCAUGCUCGGCUUCCCUGAAAUCAGCUCCAUCUCUGUGGUCCGGCUGCUUACAACAAAGGCCGAGGUUAUUUUUAGCCCUCAGCUCCUGAAUAAGCCCCUGGAGGCUCGGGGACUCGGGCUAGGUGGGCUGUGUCUGCCCGGCUGCAGUGUUGGCUCUCUGACUUGGCGAGAGCCUUCCUUCCUGGCUAAUUGCUCUUGGCCAGCAGACCCAGGGCAGCCCGGUGUGGCACCAGCCGUGUUGGUCUCCCCCGGUCCUUUGCAGAGUGACCUGUGGCAAGAGAUGGGGUCAUGCUCCUGCAGGGGUCUUUGGCCUCGGAGUGAGUGACGUGCUUACAUAAUGCUCUCACUUCAAGGGCUCUGUCCAGAUGGGAUUUUCAUCUUCCUCAUAAGAUAGUUCCUUCCCACUGCUGAGUGGUGAACCAGCAGUGGAUCCUGGAGGCCCAGGGAGGGUUUGGGAAGUUGCUGUGUCAUCACACCGUCCAUUUGGCCGGGAGGGUCACACCAGAGGGGCGGACUUCCUCUCCUGAUGGCUCUGGCUCUCUGUCCUCCCCCAGAACCCAAAGUGGGGUGUCCUCAAAGGCCAAUUCUUGGGUUUGAAAAUCGCUUUGAUUUAA